AUGAUUCGGUCCAAUUCCACAUUAAUUGGAGGCGAUCCUGAAGGUCAAAUGCGAAUUACCCCAGGUGGUUAUCAGUGGAUAACCGACAUCCUCAUAAGACAAGCAGUUGAAUUAAAUGCUCCUGUAUGCCUCUUAUUAGAAGGUGGAUAUUUCCUUGAAACACUUGCAGUUAAUGUCGAAUUUUGCAUUAAGGCUCUCCUUGGCAAACCACUACCUCGAAUUGAUCAAAGUUUUUGUGAUAAAGUAUUCUUGAACUCACUGCAUACAGCAGUCGCUCAUUAUGGUCGAAUGUUUCCAAGUCUAAGUCUAUUUGCGGAUGUUGUCAACAGAAUCAGACAACUCAAGGGCCUUCAGCCAGUGAAGCCAAUUGAUGCUGAAUACAAAGGCUUCCGUGAGUUUGUUUUACCCUAUCCAACACGCGGUACGUAUAAAAACUUAUCAAAAAAUACGAUCCGAAGUGUUUGUGGCGAAGUUGAAUCGAUCAUGAAGUCUUACAACGAACCUCAUCAAACAGUCAGUAUCUUCUGA